CGGAGGAAACCGACUAUUGUACAUCAUGCAACACGUUCAUGCUCAUCGACUCGUAACAUCCAUACGGGAUAUGUAUUGCAUGUUCUGACUCUGCUGGUUCGUGUUUAGUAGUGGUAGGAUCUGUCUCGUGUGCCCAGAAAGCGUGCUUUGUGGAGAAAGUUUUUUUUUUUUCUUAUUUUCUUCGUUAUAUACUGUGCGAGCUCUUCAGAGAGGCGUAUCAAGCUCAAUCUAGAGACUGUCGAGGCGUCUGCUGCCACACCGGCGAAGUUCGAUCGACGCGAUAUCGCCGAGCGCUCCGGUAUAUACACACGGUAUGUACCACGCGAUAAAAAGCGGCUUCGUCAGUGAUGAGGCGUCAAUGUAUGUUCGGAAGCACUCCCUGUCUCUGCACCCUGCCCAAGAGAAGCUGAUCGAGGAAACUAUGAAGUUACCGAUGGGAGGAAUGAUGGGCGACCCGAGUGAACUCCAACUGAUCCAACUUCUUCUCAAGGCGACGGGAGCCAAGAAGUAUCUGGAAGUCGGAGUGUUCACAGGGUGCAGCGCCCUGGCAGCUGCGCUAGCCCUUCCCCCGGAUGGCAAAGUGGUGGGCCUCGAUGUCUGCAAGGAGUACGUGGACGUCGGGAGGCCCUUCUGGAAGGAGGCUGGUGUUGACCACAAGAUUGACAUUCGCAUAGGCAAUGCCUUGGAGUCCCUGGAUCGCGCCAUCGCAGACGGGGAAGCAAGCACCUUCGACUUUGCCUUCAUCGACGCGAACAAAGAAGGCUACGACGACUACUACGAGCGCUGCCUACAGCUUGUUAGGCAGAAUGGCUUGAUUGCUUUUGACAACGUUCUGUGGCAGGGCAGGGUUUACGACGCCGGAGACAACAGCCUCGACACCGUUGCCCUUCGAAAGAUAAACGAGAAGCUUGGGAAGGACACCCGCGUGGACAUCAGCAUGUUGACCGUCGGGGAUGGCAUUACUCUGGCCCUCAAGAAGUGAGCCACGACAACCACUAGUUAUGAAUGAUUGAUUAACAGGAAAUGCUAGCGUGAUUUUGUUUAUUCACUUUAAGCUUAUGCUUGCAUUGUUAGGAUAUGGUGCGGGGACUUCUGUACGAUGAUUAAUAAACUGUUUUAAAGCA